AUGGUUCUCGUCCCCGUCCAUCUCCACCUCCACGUCCUAGCCGAAGAGGGACAAGAAGCAGGAGCAGGAGCAGGAGCAGGAGCAGGAGCCUUUGCGGCGUUGCGCGUCGACGUCGAAAGGUGUGGCGUUCCAUCUCCCGCACCAUUCCUUUGCCAGCAGCUGGACCCAAGCAUAUUUUUGGAGGCCAGACAAGGCUUGGGCCAAGAGCCACAGUCAGAAGCCAAAGGGGCCUGGGCUGGCUCUAAUGUUUCCGACACUCUGCGUCCCCCAACUCUCAACCAGAAGUCCAGUUCCAAGUCGACUCGCUCUUCAUUCUCCCACCAACCUGCCAUAUUUGCCGCGGAUGAACCGACCGUCCGGCCCGUUUUCAAUCCGCUCACAUUGACGGGGCCUAACUGA